AUGCAUGGCCAGCGAGUAGCCUACGAAAGCACACAUCAGGCUACCUUUUGCAAUCCUUAUAAUAUAGGUGUGAACGCCAUAUUCCUUGUGUUGAUCCCUUACACACUGGUCACCGCGCUGCAUGACACGCACCUGGAGGUUUCGCUUAUCCUCGGCACUGCAUUUAGCGGCGCCAAUCUACUCAUUGGUAUUAUUGCUCGAAUAGCUGGCGGUUACAGGACAUGGCCUUACGCGCUGGAGCUCUUCAUGCUAGCGGUCAACGCGGUGCUGCUAGGAGUGUCGUACCCAGCGCCGGACAACGUGACCAAGUACUUGCCUUUCAUCGCAAAUUCAUUCUACGCAGCAUUCUCUCUGGCCUCCAUCAUCUUGACCACACCCUUCACGUUACAGUACGCAAGGGAAUUCGUACCUGCCUCGGCAGCCAUGCACGACCGAUUGGUUCGUGCCGCCUACGUCACAGCCGCCGUGUGGAGCCUUACUUUCGUCACCAACACCCUCGUCUUCUUGGUGCCUAUCUGCCGGGGUCGCGAUGCCGACCACGGUGACGUCCUCAACCUGGUGUUCCGCAUCAUCUUGCCGACCUUCCUGGGGCUCUUCGCCGCCCUCUUUACCCGGCUGUGGCCGCUGAGGGUGAUGCGGCACCUCGCGAAGUCAGUGGGGUUCGACGGCGCAUACCAGAAGGUGCUGGUCAACCCGCUGGCGUUGAUGGGCGUGGGAAUGCCGCCGCCGCCGCCACCGCCGCUGCCGCCGCCGGCCCCGGGGCCUUAUUCAGGGGUAACGCAGCGACGCAGCCCUAAGGGCUACAAAUGCACCAUCUGCCUGGAGCGCAUGGAGGCUGACCUCGCCACCACGACCUGCGGGCACAUGUUCUGCUUCAAGUGCAUCAGCUCCUGGGUCCAGAAGAGCGGCAACUGCCCUCAGUGUCGCUCUAAGCUGACCAGGACAAAAAUCAUCCGCAUCUACCCGCCAUCUUGCGACUAUGUUAUAGACUCUGGCGCAGCAACUGGUGCCGGCGUGGCUCUGCUGCUGCUGCUGCUGCCGGCCGAAAGUCUAUCUACCUAUCUAUUUGUCUACCUGGCCAACCGGAUGAAUGCAGGAGCCGGCGGACUGAGAGACGCAGCGCACUUGGCUCGUGCCCCCGAAGGCAACCAAAGGAUACCUGGACACCGUCCUCCACCCAACAUAGAGCCGGAGCCUGAGCCAGAGGCCGAUGAUACCUCCUGGAAGGGCACCCGGUCAUGCCAGGAACAUUGCGGUGGCGGUGGAGGCGCCCGUUGCAGUGGCGCUGCAGAGGGUGGUGCAUAA